AAGAGAACAUUUAUUUAUAGGUUCUCUAUACAAUAGGAUAAAAGAGAUAAGGAUCAAUCAACUCUAGCCUAAGAAAUAGGAAAACAGAAACAGAACACUAACAAACCUAAAACAAAAAUAGAAAAUAACUAACAGACGUACAAAAGCUCCUAUCUCCUAACUACUCUAUUAACUCAUAACUACUCUAAUUUCCCUUUAUUCUAUAUCCUAACAGUCUUACAAUAAGGGGCAGAGGGAGUAUUAAACAUUGCCUUGUCUCGCAAAAAAAUUUUAUUCUUAGAUCAUUUAGUACUUAAUAGUAUCCUUAGAACAAAACUUUAUUGGGAAACAUGGGAAAUUUGGAAGCCUUUUGUUUGAUGAUGUUAUUUACAUAAGUUAAAGGUUGUCUCUAUCUAGCAAUUUGACAAGGGAAAUGUUUUUAUAACAUUGGUGCACAGGUUCCAAUGCAACAAGUGAAGGUUGUCAACCAUCCAGAUCUGCAGGAUGGUUUUGGUAAAGUUUGGAACCAUAGCUUAUUGGCAAAGAUGAUUGAGGAAGAAAUAAUUAGUCAUUGCAGCUGUUUUGUUAAUAGGCAUGUAACUGUUGGUCAGCUGACCGAUUGCAACAAAUGCGAAUUACCCCAAGGACAGCUUUGUGGAGAUUGCUUGUACACAAGAUAUGGAGAAAAUGUGACAGAAGCCAACUUUAAUCCCAAGUGGACUUGCCCUUCAUGUCGAGAAAUUUGCAACUGCAAUAGUUGUCGUAGGAGAAAUGGUUGGAUGCCCACUGGUAAUAUUUACAAUAAGGUAACAAAAUUGGGUUUCAAAUCUGUUGCUCAUUAUCUGAUCAAGACCUGCCGCACCGAGAAAAGCAUGAAAAACUCAGUUGCUGAAAAUAUUGUUGCCCAAGAAACACCAGAGACCUCUCCAGAUUCAACCCUGAAUAGACCGAUUCGUACAAGAAGGGCUUUGAGAAGUUAAAAAGGUGAUCAAACGAAUGCAAAGGAUAUCAAAGAACAGAAACUAGGUCAAUGGGCUUGUACAUCUACAUGAAGAGGGGAUAUUAUGUUUGGUUUGAAGACAUGUUAGUUAACUUAGUUUUCUUAUUUUGUUUGAUAUUCAUACAUGCUUUAGGCCAUCUAACAAAAAAGAUUAUUAUGGUACUUAUUGCAAUCACAAGUGGAAUUGAACAAAACCUUUAUUCUUCUAGAACCGUUUAUCUUAUGGAUCCACUUACAAAAAAUUGAAUAAUCCA